AUGCGCUCUCAGCAGCAGGCAUCAAGCGGUGGCGCUGUCUCGGUCGCUGUUCCUCAGGAGACCUUGCCUUCUUCCGACUUGGACACGCCCCCAUCCUCAUCCACCCUACCCUUCGGGCAGCCUGUCGCGUUGAGCGACAUCUCUGGGCCAACCUAUGUGACAGCCCAGCUCCUAGUGCAGCAGGUUGCCUACAAGCUUUCAGACAAAAUCUUCUCUUAUUCCCCCGAGACCUUUGAUCUCGACGUUGCCGCCAAAAGCUGGGCCGCUCAGCAAAACUCCAACAUCCAUGGAUACGUCCCUCGAGUGUUGUCGUUGCAGACCAGAACCGGCGCAGGCUCGCUGGCCUUGGGCUACAUCUUUUCCCCGGACUUUGACGUGGCCAAGAGGCAUAUACCUCAGACCUUGCUCGCUCCCUCCAGCAGUCUCCAUCAGCUGAGGGGAACCCUCGACCAACUCUCCCUGCUGUAUCGCCUGUCCAGUCCAUUCGUCGCUCACGUUGCUGCCGUCGACUACACCGACGCUGGCGGUCUCGUCUCCAACUAUGACACUGCGUUGAGACUCGCCGAGGACCUUGGGUUAGGCUUGGUCGGCACCUCUUCGGCCUAUGAGGCCCAGCAUAUGUCUCUAUUCUCGACCCUUUUGGCCACGGUGAUCCCGACCGUGCACAUCUACGAUGGCAUACGUGUCGCCAGAGAAACUCUCCGAGUAGUCGACGCGCUCAGCGAAUCUGGAGUUGCCGACUUGUACCAGAAGCUGUCCGCCGAGGCGGCCCACCUCAACCCCCGCCUCGACACCGCCGGCAAGGUCGUGGAGCUUCUGAAAGCUUUCAAUGACGAGCUUGGGACCGUUUAUCAGCCCUUUGAAUACCACGGACACGAGACCCCUGAUGUGGUUUGGGUCGUCUUUGGCAGUGUCGAGACUCAAGUCGCCAAGCAAGCUCUCGGCAAAAUUGCCGCCGACGGGGCCAAGGUUGGCGUCCUUGGCGUGCGGAUUUACCGCCCUUUUAUUGAGGAAGAGUUCCUCAAGACCAUUCCUGCUUCCACCCACACCAUUGCGGUCCUCGGCCAGGUUCGAGAUCAAGUCGCUGUAGAGGACGAAGCUACGCAGUCUGCCCUUUACGGCGACGUCAUCACUGCCGUUGCUUUUUCGGCAAAGUUCGAACAGGAACCCCAGGUUCUCGACAUCAAGUACACCCCAGCCCACACUAUGAGUCCGCAGGGAUUGGUCAACACCUUGCACAAGAUUUUUGGUAACGGCGGAGAGGAAGCUAGUGAGCUGCCCUGUCUCGUAAACGCGGAACAGUACACUUUCUGGAAUGUUGACGACUCCGCUGCUGUCGAUUCACCUGCCGUCAUCGGCAACAUCCUUUCCAAACAGUCAACCAUCAAUGUCUAUGUCCAUUCCACCUACGACAAUCUCACACAAGGCGGCAUCGUCCGAACCGACGUGCGAGCUUCCAAGAAGGCCCUGGAGGCUCCCUACGACGUGUCCGACGCCGAUGUUGCUAUUGUUGGCGACGAGCGCAUUCUCAAGGAAGUGGAUGUGCUCGGAAACUUGUCUGAGAGUGGCAAGGUCAUCAUCAGGUUGCCCAACUUCAAAGCUGAUGAGGUGGAGAAGCGCCUCUCCGCUGCUUUUCGCAAGACUCUUGCAGCAAAAGAUAUCCAGCUAUUUGUUCUCGACACAUCCUUUUCCCCGGCGCUGGAAAAGGACACGGAGUCGAGACUGCUCCUUGAGCUGGCCUUUUUCAAAGUUGCGCAGCGAGAAAUCGGGCCCGAGACCGUUACCAAGCUAUCGGCUGCGGAGGGCAAUCCCCCAAUUCUAAAGGAAGUUGUUGAUGCAGUCGAUCAGUGUCUCAGCAAGAUUCAAGUGCCUGCCACCUGGGCCGAAGCGGAGGCAGACUCUCAAACUCCUCGCCUCCCGACUUUUCUUCAAGCCAACAGCUUUGUGGGUUUCGACAAGGCACAGGUGGAAGAGAGUCUGCAACUUGGCGACUGGAAGACGGCUGCCAAGGGUCUUGUUUUCAAGGAAGCUUACGACACUCGAGCCGUUAGUCGUCCUGAUCUGCCAGUCAAGACUGUCACCAUCCGUGUAAAGGAAAAUCGUCGGCUCACACCCACAGACUACGACCGCAACAUCUUCCACAUUGAAUUUGAUCUCGGAGACUCGGGGCUCACCUACAAGAUCGGUGAGGCCCUCGGGAUCCAUGCGGAGAACGACGAAGAGCAGGUGGCCGAGUUCAUCAAAUCCUACGGUCUCAAUGCAGCCGAGCUGGUCCGCGUGCCUGCUCGUGAAGACUCGGAGGCUCUGGAGAUUCGAACCGUGCACCAAGCCUUGAUGCAGAACAUGGACAUUCUCGGAAAGCCUCCUAAGCGGUUCUACGAGUGCUUGGCCAGUUUUGCCACCGAUGACGUGGAGAAGAAGAAGCUCGAGGCUCUCGGCAGCUCUGCGGGUGCCGACGAGUUCAAGCGCCGGUGCGAGGUCGAGAUGCUCACGUACGUCGAUGUUCUGGACGAGUUCAAGUCUGCUCGGCCCGGUUUCAACGAGCUCGUCAAGUUGGUGAGCCCUCUGAAGCGGCGCGAGUAUUCCAUCGCCUCGGCGCAGGCCGUGACUCCCAACUCGGUCACGCUGAUGAUUGUCGUCGUCGACUGGGUCGACACCAAGGGCAGGACGCGCUACGGGCAUGCGACCCGCUAUCUGAGCCGCUUGCAGCCCGGCGCAGCCGUCACGGCGUCCGUGAAGCCUUCGGUCAUGAAGCUCCCGACGAGGGACACGGCACCGCUGAUCAUGGCUGGUCUGGGGACUGGCUUGGCUCCUUUCCGCGCCUUUGUCCAGUAUCGCGCCAUGCAAAAGUCCCAAGGGAAGGAUAUUGGCGCCAUCCUCUUGUACCUGGGCUCGCGUCACCAGCGCGAGGAAUAUCUCUACGGUGAAGAGUGGGAGGCGUACCUCGCCGCCGGCGUGGUCACGCUAAUCGGCGCCGCCUUCUCUCGAGACCAGGCGCAAAAGAUUUACAUCCAGGACAGGAUGAGGGAGACUCUGGGCGAGAUUGCCAAGGCGUACGUGCAGGAUGAGGGAAGCUUCUAUCUCUGCGGGCCUACGUGGCCUGUGCCGGACGUGACGAAGGUGUUGGAGGAGGCCAUUGCGGCCGACGCCAGGAGCAGGGGCAAGAAGGUCGACCCGAAGAAGGAGAUUGAGAAGCUCAAGGACGAGGGACGAUAUGUCCUCGAGGUUUAUUAG